AUGGACUCGGACCCCAAGGGGUGUGAGCUCAACGGUAACCCGCGGCCGGACUCGCCCGGCGCCCGCCCGGAUGCCCUGCCGAAGAGGCCCCUCAACAUGAACAGUUAUGCUAACAAGAAGAGCGUAGCAGAGAGCAUGCUGGACAUCGCCCUGCUGAUGGCCAACGCCUCGCAGCUGAAGGCUGUCAUUAACCAGGGCCCCGGCUUCCCCUCCUUUGUCCCCCUGGUGGUCCUCAUCUCCAUCUCCCUCGUGCUGCAGGUCACCGUGGGCGUGCUGCUCAUCUUCGUGUUCAAGACCGACCUCAACAACCCAGCCAAGCACGCCAAGUUGGAAUUCCUCAACGACCUGGCCACCGGCCUCGUCUUCCUCAUCGUCGUGAUCAACGUCAUCAUCACUGCCUUUGGCAUCUAGCACCUGCAAUGGACCUGGGCCCUGGCAGUGGGCCUCAGAUGCCCUGGACUGUGCCUAGCCACAGCCAUAGACCCCAGAAAUUGCCUCUGUGCUGCAUUCCCUGAAAAUGCCAGUCAGGACUAGACUGGAGAACAGUCUGGCCAGUGUGAGUCCUGCUCCAACCUUGGCUCCUCACCCUGAAGCAGGGGCAGCCAGGCCCAGAGGCAGAGCUAGAGAUCCCCAAGCAGGGCCAUGGCCAACACAGACACGCAGCAGGUUUGAGGAGGGGCAGUUAGGGACUAGGGCCAGCCUUAGUCUUGGAUAUUUCUAGAAGGACAGGAGAUGUCUCUCCUCAGCCAACCCUCCUGCUGGGGGACCUGUUG